AUGCCCAAGGAAGAGCUUAUGAACAAGGGCUCGCGGGCUGUUGCUGCCAUCGUGCAGGGGGAAGGUUUACUUCUGCCCCCGCUCAGAGCUUUCCCUCGCCACCGCCUCUGCCCUCCCCGUGGCUCCCCCUUGGGUCCCUUCCGAGGACGACACGGGUUCCCGCUGGCCUCCUGGAGCAAAGCGGUGCCCAGCCCCGGCACGCCUUUGGGAUCCAGGCCUGCUUUCCCGUGGCUAGCGUGGCGAUACCGCGGGAGUACCGCUAACCUGUCUCUGGGGAGGGCGGCGGGGCUUCAGAAGGGAAGGGAGGAGCGAGGCCCCCGAUACAUGGCGAUUUGGAGUUCACCUGAAGUUCUUUCUGGAGUUGUGGUCAUAACAAGUAAGGACACAGUCCAGCACCAAGGUAUCUUGUUAACAAUGGAAGGAUCAGUAAAUCUGCAGCUUAGUGCCAAAAGUGUGGGUGUGUUCGAAGCUUUCUAUAACUCUGUCAAGCCUAUUCAAAUUAUUAACAGCACUAUUGAAAUGGUAAAACCAGGGAAACUUCCCAGUGGCAAGACAGAAAUCCCGUUUGAAUUUCCAUUGCAUAUGAAGGGGAACAAAGUUCUGUAUGAGACUUAUCAUGGUGUCUUUGUUAAUAUUCAGUAUACCCUACGGUGUGAUAUGAGACGUUCUCUGCUGGCAAAAGACCUAACUAAGACUUGUGAAUUCAUUGUCCACUCACUGUCUCAGAAAGGGAAACUGAUGCCAAGCCCAGUAGACUUCACAAUUACUCCUGAAACUUUGCAAAAUGUUAAAGAGAGAGCUUCACUUCCAAAAUUUCUCAUCAGAGGUCAUCUCAGUUCUACAAACUGUAUCAUUACACAGCCGCUAACAGGGGAGCUGGUAGUGGAGAACGCAGAGGCUGCGGUCAAAAGUAUCGAGCUGCAGUUAGUACGUGUGGAAACCUGUGGGUGCGCGGAAGGUUACGCCAGAGAUGCCACAGAGAUACAGAAUAUUCAGAUCGCUGAUGGGGAUGUCUGCAGGGGCCUACCAAUUCCUAUAUACAUGGUGUUCCCCAGGUUGUUCACCUGCCCGACCCUGGAAACAACAAACUUCAAAGUUGAGUUUGAAGUUAACGUUGUUGUCCUUCUGCAUGAUGAUCAUCUCAUCACAGAGAACUUCCCGCUGAAGCUCUGCAGGAUGUAAAUAGUCAGAGGAGAAUCACUAAAGGAUUUACUGAAAAAGGACAAAAUUCUUCAGAGACAAAGUGAAAUUUUAUCCACGUCUUACUCGAACUGAAAACACAUCGCUUCCUUCUCCCUGCUGGUAGUUCUUGUGCUUUCAGUUCUCUGUAAACCUUGCUAAGACUUUGCCUGCCUUGCGAUAGCCUACGUGGAUGUAUCUAUCCAGACAGCCUUGUCAGGCAUCUCUCUGACCUCAACCACUAUGUUUCCCCCCAUUUUUCUCAGACAAAUCCUGAAGGAACGAUUCUGUAUGUUGCUACAACUUCUGGAACAUGUAGUAAGUUUCUCCCCUUAUUUCAUUUCGUAACACUUCUUCCUUUGAAGACCUCUUAACCCGAGUAAGUCUUGUUAUACAUGGUGUAUAUAUGCUGGGGGGAGGGUAUGGGACUUGUAAUAUAAUACCGAAUAGUGUCUUUGAAGGUGUAAUAAAUGGUACUGCAUCAA